GCCCAGGAAGCCCAUUCUUUUUUCUCUUAGCCUUCUUCGUUUCACCUUUCACGAUCUAAAGUGGAGAGAUCCGACGUUUCCCUUUUUCAAUUCUCCAAACCCCCAAUUUUCUAGAUGAUUCGUGAAACCCUUUGCUCUUCCCCUUUUCGUUUCCAUUUCACGAUCUGAUCCACACGAUUAAUCAAUACAUCCUCCACAAUUAAUUGAGAUGGCUUCAGGUCCAGAUCCGAACAGCUUUGGUGAUGGUGCGAAGCGGGAUGAAGCUACGACCAAGGUUCCUUCUAAGGAUCCCAAGAAGAAGGAUGAUAAGAAAGAGGAAGAUCUGUCUGAAGAGGAUUUGAAACUGAAGCAGAACCUGGAGCUCUAUGUUGAGAGGGUUCAAGACCCUAAUCCUGAACUGCAGAAGGCUGCUCUCGAAAGCAUGAGGCAGGAGAUCCGUGCCUUAACAAGCUCCAUGACGUUGUUAGACCGGAUGCCAAAGAGGUUGUCAUGGAUGGAACUUGGAGGUUCUCAAAGGUUUUUGUGGUUAGUGAUGCUACUGAUGUGGAGACGUUGUGUCUACUGGCUGAACUGAAGCACUUGAAGAAGCUGAGAAAGCUAAGCAUUACUAUAAACAAAGGUGGUGAAUUCACUGUUUCUCAGCUGUUUGUGGAUAUUCAGGACUUCUCCAAUCUGGAGAAGUUGAAAGUGGCGUGGGGAGGUAUUAAUGAA